AACGCAACAGUUCCAAAGCGUCACUCCACGAAUGUAAACACGUUGAUUUACCUUGACUCGGGAUACUUAAACGAACGGACAUGGUGAAGUGUGAUGAGACAGCUUCUUUGUUGUGGAUCUAGUCCAAGUCCAAUGCAGUACCUGGAAUAACGGUCAGCCAGGAGCGAAGGAUGAUGCAUCGUCUACGGAUCCAUGAUGACCUGUCCAUAUCAAGCUCUUGAGAGCGGUUUCAUUUCUUUGCGAAGGAUUGGAAAACUUAAUCUGUGAUGACUUGGCGCUCUAAUUGAAAGCGAAAGAAAAUGGUGCCCAACUUAGCGUUCCACAUCUUCAUCAUCUUGUGGUCGAUUGCAAAGACUCAAUCCGAGUCGUCGUCUUCGUCUUUGUCUCGUACCAAUGAAGCCUACACGGCUUGUGUCAAGAAGAGCCUCGUUGUCUCCGAGGUCUUUUGCCUUCCCGAAGAUUACAGAAAAGACGUGCCUCCUCCAAUGUCCGGACCAGUUGAUGUGUAUUUGAAAUUACCAGUCAGCGAGAUCAGCAACAUCGACGACCAACGAUCGCAAAUCAGCCUUCGCCUCACUUACAAGCUGUUGUGGCCCGAGCCUCGAAUGAUUCUCAAUGAAUCUGCAGAUUGGUCCCAAGGGGAGAUCAACGUCCGAGGCGACAUGGUGGAUCAUUUCUGGACGCCUGACAUCAUCAUUCAUGAUUUGGUCAGCUUCUAUAAACCGGAAGUCCUCAAUCAAGUGGCAGCUCUCGAGAUCAAGCACAAGAAGAGGCUCUACUACAAAGUCAGGAGUGACUUGACGACCGUUUGCAAAGGGAUGAAGUUCCAUCGUUUUCCAUUGGAUGAACACGUCUGCUAUCUGAAACUGACGAGCUUCGGCUACAAUGACCAGGAGAUGACCCUGGAUGGCCAAUUCAGUUAUGAUAACAGCAACCAAAGAGCCCUUCCAUUCAAUGUUUUGAUCAAGGAAAUCAGUGGACCUCUUAGGACCUACCGAGGAUCAAACAGUAAUUACUCCGUAUAUGGACUCGAGAUACAUCUCUCGCGAUGUGUGUCCCCAUAUCUUUUGAACGUGUAUUUGCCCACCGCCAUAUUCGUGGUCAUGUCUUGGGUGUCGUUUCUAAUCCCAACUGAAGUUGUACCUGCUCGGAUAGUUCUCCUCGUCACGCUCUGUUUGGUUAUCAUCAAUACGUUCAAUAACGUAACAGCUCGAAUUCCAGUGGCGAGCCAAGUGACUGCCCUGGAGAUCUGGUUGUUGGCCUGUAUUCUACUUGUGUUCGGAGCCUUGGCCGAAUAUGCCUUUAUCUUACGUCAAGUGAUUCGAUUGAGUCGUCAGCAACGAAAAGAGGAAGAGCUUUCCUCCAUUCAAGAUGGUAGUCCGACCUCCACCUCCGGGAAAAGAGCUGGCAAUGCAAUGGGCGCGCCGGCCACGCCUAUCAAUCUUUGCUCACGACCAAGUAGCCAAAUCAGUGGAAAGAUGGGUAUCGCCUUUCAACUCAAUGGCCGAAUGGGUGAAAGCGUGCCCGACGAUCUGUGCAACCACGAACCCCAUGGACCGAACCAAUUACGAGGCGGGGUACUCAAUGAUCACGAGCAACGUCUGCUACCCACCCAACAUCAACACCAUCACCACCACCAUCAUUUCCAUGGCCAUUCCCACCGUCCAUAUCAUUGCAGUGGGGAACGGGUGCCUUUGCAGGCCUUUGGGGCGCGGACCAAUGGCCUUGAAGGCGGGCAUAACAGCCAUAGCGAGCCGAAUGUGGCUCCAACUGAGGCAUGUCUGGUUGGCGAGCUAUGUAGUAAUGUACAUCGUAGACGAACUCAUCCUGCCUGGAAUGUGACACCUUCCUCUCACUCGCAAUUAUCGCCCAUUUUCGGCGACAUUGCCUCUGCCAACAAGCAGGCCUCCUUCAGCGUGUCAAGUGGUCCAGCCGGCGGAGAUUUGGGUGUUCCAAAUGUUUCUCGAGACCAUCAGACUGGAACAGACGCAAUGAAGAAACCACCACAGACACCAGGAGGAUGCAUGAACUGCUUUGAUUCUUGUUGUUCUCCCAUGGAUGAUCUCGAACCUCGUCAUUCCUGUAUAGCGACAGCGGCCGUUGGGGCGGGUCAGUCAGCCGUGAUGGUAGCCCGGAAACCGCCCACUCCGCCCAAGAAGUCCCAAGAGCAGCUGAUGAAGAGAUAUCAAGAGCACGUGGAUGGCAACGCCCUCGUUAUCUUCCCAUUGAGCUUUCUGAUUUUUAACAUUGCCUAUUGGGGCCACUUUCUCGCAGAUUUCUGGCCCACUUAAAAAUGCGGCUUGAGCACGUAAAUUAUGUAGCGCCAACGAAAGAACUUUGACUUUAUUCAGUUUGAAGUUCAGCGGAAACCAGGCUCGGAAACCACCUCCAGAGUUGAAAUGCCAAAGAAUUGCAGGUGCAACUAGCACGUAGGGAAUGAAACUUCUAAGGUCAUUCAUUCCUUCCUUCAUUGAUGAUCAGCUUGCAAUGCCAAUUUUGAAAUCCCCGUUCUUCAACGAGAUGGCGUCAAUCAAGUAAAUUAUAACAAUCAAACCAUAGGGAACAAAACAGCCUUUGCAAGAGAAUUGAAGUCACUCUUUUUUGCUUCUUCUUCAUCUUUUAACAAUAUUACUCCUACCACUAUUACUACUGCUACUACUACUACUACUACUACUACUACUACUACUACUACUACUACUACUACUGAUACUACCACCACUACAACAACACCUACAAGAAAAACAAGCAUUAUAAUUAAUAUUACCACUUCGUCUUCAUGUGCCAUGUCGUAGUCAUUUUUGAACUCCAUGAAUCUGUAUUGUAUUUAUAGUUCCACUUGUUCCUUUCUUUUUUCGUUCUGUAUGAAGUACUAAGCUUCUUUCUAGGCAAGCGACUGUCUUGUAAUAUGGCCAGGAAAACGAUUGUUGUGAUAUCUGUAGGAAACAGACCUUUUUCUUUUCUUGUGGAGCAAAAUAUUUGUUUAUUCGUAAGAAAAACGAAUCCAUCGUUGGGUGUCUCUUUGGGAUACCUCAAGUCGAUAUCGAUUUCGCUAAUUGUCAGGGAAACUCCCACACAUUUGUUUCCAAAUACAUGGAACCGACCGUUUGAUUUUCCAUAAACAUCUGACGAAACGCUAAAUAAAGUGCAUGAAAUAAAAUUAUUAUAUUCAGA